CCUUUCUAUCUAUUUUUUUUUUUUUUAGCAGUAAGAUAUUCAUGCAAUGGACGGUCCGUUUUCUUUUACAGCAUAAAUGUUCCUUUGACAAUCCAAAAAUGUUUCUAACCUAACCUCAAUUUCUGUGAAAACGAGCACAGGGGGCUCGGUUAUCAGAUAUUGAAGUUUUGUAUUAAAAAAGGGGGGUGUAAAAAAAGUACUACUUUUUUUAAUGUACACAUGAUACACCUUUUUUAAAACGACUAAAACAAGCGGAUUUUGGUGGUGGAUUUUAUUUAUAUAAUUUAUUAUUCGGACACAAAUAAUGCAGAUCUUCAAUUUUUUUUAUUCGGGAACAAAUAUUUACAAAACUUCAAUAUCUGACAACCGAGCCCCUGUGGAUCGAAACGAGGGGUUAUAUUCGGAAGGGGGGUAGGAAAGACCAAAUAUACCCCCCUCCCCUCGUUUCCACAGAAAUUAGCGUGACGUGCAACUAGCCUUCCGACUAUGCGCCUGGGGCGCGUUUUACAAAAGAACUUACGACCAACUUUACAUACUGGAAUUUACCAGUUUAUUGUAAGAUCAUUCACCCAAAUGCGACAUUUUAAAACAAAAAUGUUGAAUAUUAAGCCUUAGAAAAGUUUUACUUAAUUCAUUCAAAGUAAUAACUAUGUAAUAGAAUUUAAGACUUGAGGCUUUGUUGUAAGUUGUUUUGUAAAACAUGCCCCUGGUCUUGGGAACCGCGCUCAUUCAUGAUGCUUCCUGCAGAUCUACCUUUCACUUCCGCGUUUCCAUAGAAUAGAGUUACAGGUUUGGAUUUACCAUAUCCACUUCCGGUAUAAUCAAUCGAUGAAAAUGGCGAACGAAGUGGUAAAUGCGCCGAAUAAAACAUGGGAAUUAAGUUUGUAUGAACUUCACAGGACUCCACAAGAAGCAAUAACAGACAAUACUGAAAUAGCAGUGUCACCAAGAAGUUUGCAUAGUGAAUUAAUGUGCCCAAUAUGCCUAGAUAUGUUAAAAAAUACUAUGACAACAAAGGAGUGCUUGCAUCGCUUUUGUCAGGACUGCAUAAUAACUGCGCUUCGCAGCGGCAACAAAGAAUGUCCUACAUGCCGUAAGAAACUUGUGUCUAAGAGGUCUCUCAGACCAGAUCCCAACUUUGAUGCUUUAAUAUCUAAGAUUUAUCCUAGCAGAGAUGAAUACGAAGCUCAUCAGGCCAGAGUUCUAGCGAAACUAAACAAACAGCACAGUACUACUGCACUGACCAGCAGCAUUGAAGAGGGGUUAAGAGUUCAAGCUUUGAGCAGGCCACAGAGGGUUCGGAAACAUGCCACAGAACCUGAUUUGUCUCGUCUUGAAACUGCAAGUAAUGCUUCCAGUGAAAACACACCUCUGAAGAGACCAAAGACAUUGUCUGAUGACUCCAGUGCAGAAAACUCUCUUGCAGAAGCAACAACAGAAUCAGCCCCUCCACCUGAGUUACCUCAGCCAGUGGGAGACAUAGAAUUGAUAUUCAGACCAUUACCCAUGGAACAUGAAUCCCCAGAUGAUUCACAAAUUCGUUACAUUAAAACAACAGCUAAUGCAACAGUGGACCAUUUAUCAAAGUACCUGGCAAUAAGACUCUCAUUAGAAUCCAAGAAAGUUGAUGCAGGUACAAGUUCAUCAGACGGAGAGAGUAAAUACACAAUUUACAUUGCAAGUAACCCGGGAAACUACACAGCUCUCAAUGGUGCUAUGACUUUGGAACAGGUCAAUGACAAGUAUUGGCGUAUUAACAAACCCCUGGAAAUGUUUUAUGCAGUGCAGAAAAAAGCAGACUCACCAAAGAAAUCAGAAAAAUAGCUGGGUUUUUUUUCUUUUCUUUCAAAUUGACAAAUAAACGUGGACUAUUUUCAAUCAUAUUUACCAUUACAUCUUCAUUUAUUUUUCUGUAUUGUGUACAGAUGUGUGUAGGGCAACACGUUCAUAAGAAAAUGUUGUCUUUUGUGUAACAGAAUUGUUUUUUAGUACAUAUUUUGCAUGAAGUUGGUUAAAUAUUAGUUAUAACCAGUCACGUUUUGUAGAUUUAGUGACAGAGGGCAUGCUUUAAAAUCUCGCUGUAUCAGCUUAUUGCUAUCUUGUGUGAAUGUACUCAGAAGUUCGUGAAUUCUAAUGUUAUGAAAACUUUUGUUACUUUUUAGUAUAAGUAAUGCAAGUUGCUUGUAUUCAGUAAUUUGAUGUCAUAGCAAGAUAUUUUUGAAGCAUUUUUAUUUUUGACUUUUAUUAUGUUGAAAUUUGAACAAUUUAUGAAUAAUAGUAUUGAAUUCCCGUUGAUGUGCACUUUAUACUUUAGAUGAAUUCUUCAUCUCUACUGGAAGUUCCAGGUAUUUUCUGUCGGAAACAAUUUCUUAAUUUGAACAUACAUGUAUUUUAUUGUUCUUGUUAUCUUGAAAUAUUUUCAAAACACUUUUGGUUUUUAUUCCAACAUUCUUUCUUCCAAAUUUUUCUGUUUUUUGUUGAGUGAAUGUCGGGGAAAAUGCAAUUGUCAAUGAAAUCUCCAAGCUGUACUUUGAACACUUGCUUGAGAGGUAUUUUAUCAAUUGAAGCUAUGCAUGAACAUUUGAUCAUGACCAACAAUUACAUCCAUCAUAUUUGUUACAUUUAUUUUUAAAAACUGCCAUCAAAUAUUGUAGUUCAUUUGUAUUACGUGCACAUUAUGUUUGCACAUGCAUAAUACAUUAUACAUAUUAUAUUGUUUAAAAGUAAUGGUAAUAAUGAGAUGAUGUAAAAAUUGUGUAAUAAAGCAACAAAGAAAUUUUA